AUGGGUCAUGGUCAAGUUGCAAAUCAUUCCUCUCCGCCUUUCCAUAUGACUUCCUGUUUCUCGGACUGUUCUGUUUGCGGCUCCACUGGGCCUCGCGUCUUCCCUCCCUUAGGUUUCCGGCUCAUGGGAAUUCAUGUGCUUCCCGUGAGACCCUCCCCCAAGUCGUGGCUCGAUGGUUUGAUGGCUUUCCACGUUAUUUUGGGCAUUCAAAACGCAGUGUCGAGCAAAUGUGGUCUCCCCGGCUCUUUAUUCAUGCCCACCCCCAACCUAUCAAAACCUAUGUUUUCGGUGGCUCCUUUUCGAGUCCGAAUUAUACUCUGCGCCUUCACUCAGAGCUUGUGUAUCACCUCUGAAGGCGGACGACUGGAAACUGACGCCAACAUUGGGAAACCAGAGCCUGAGCCUGAGCCUGAUAGGCGCUGCCUGACUUUCCGAGUUUCAGCGUCUACGAUCGCUUUUCUUUUUCCCUUGCCCAAAUCUCCCGGUGGUGGUGCUACGCCGCCUGCUUGCGGUACAGCACCAGGUACUUUCUUCGUCAGCGAACAUGCUUGUUUGAGGUGGAUGCAUUGCUCGCAUCUGCUCCCUAGGCUCUUUUCUGAAAAACACAUUCGUGGGACGGCUGCUUGGCACGAUCGUGUCUCCGAUUUUGCCAUCAUUCAUGUGGUUGAUGCGACGUCGUUUGAGAUGGAAGAAAGGCUGUUAUUAAAGAAUGAAAGCCGCGAUGAUGUGGUUGAGCUUUUCUCCGAUCCACGCGAGGGAACUCUGUACGCUGAACCUCACGCCGGGACAAUCUACGAGUGGGACCUGCAGAAUAAUGGUCCCGAAUGGUGGAUCGGGGAGGAGUAG